CAUCAAUAUGAAAUCAAACGAUCUACGUAAUAGAACAUUUCAUAUGAGCAGAAGGAACACUUCAAUUCAGGGUAAAAGAUUAAGACAUGUUCUUAGAGAAAAUACUCAAACUGCAAGAAACAAUAAAAGAAACCUUAUCGACUCUCAUAGAAAUUACUAUGAUGAAUUCUCAAGUGCUCAACGUCAAAGGGGAAAAUACGAUUAUACCUCUAACAGAAUAUUUAAUAAUAGCAUUACUCUGAAGAACUAUGAUAGUGAUGAGAAAGACUCUAAGAAGAAGAGCAUCAAUUACAUGAAUUAUUCCAAAAUUGACCAUGAUAUAAUCACAAACAAGCCAGUCGAUACAACUUAUUCUAGCUUUAGGGAGCGAUUGCUGAAGUAUGAACCUCAGAAAUACGAAGAUACAACCAAGCCAAGGUUUUACAAAAGAAAGCCUUGUCCAGUCAACAUUUUAAAGAAUAUUAACUAUGUUUCAAAUCUAAGCAAGCUGAACUCUUUAAAAUAAAGAAAUAAAAAUAAGAAACAGCACUUCAAUGAGUAACACAAGAAAGAAUGAUGAUCUUAGAGCAGGUGGGAAAUACCUAUUCUUUAAAAGGAAGAACUCUCAUCUUUCUAGAAGAUUUAACGAAGUAAAUAGUUCGCAUCAAAAACUUAAAGAUAAGCUCAACCAGAGCCGGAAAAGUAAUUCGAGAGCCCAAAGCGAUAUGAAAUGAUUGGAUUCUUACAGUAUGAACUCAGCUAAGAAGUCAAAUACUAGUUCUGUGUUGAAAAGACUCAAAAGAAAUGCCACAGCAGAAUCUACCGUAAAGAAAAAUAAAUAUGAAAGUAUCCCUCAAAAUGAUACCAAAGUUAACAAUAACCAUCAAAAUAUGAAUCCUGAAGAAAUUGAGCAACUAUUCCAUCAUCUAAAACAGAAAUUGUCAGACAAUCACCAAGGAGACGACCUAGAUAAACUUAUAAAAAGACUUGAAUUGCUCAAAAAAUUCAUCCUCCAAAGCAACUCCACCAUCCUCGAGACACUAAAAUCCAACCCACCCUCCAAUUUCACCCCCUCUAAGAGCCCAAAAGACCCCUGCCACCCCUCUUCCCUCCUCACUUCCCUUACAGACCACCUCAAGAACCCGCCUGACUACAUAGACCACCCUCUCAGUACACUCUCUUCACUUCUGGACGCUUGGCUGGGCCUGCCGGCCCAGAAGCCAGAAGAGAGGAAGGAAGAGACUGGAGAUAGGUGCGAAGGAGAAAAGAAGGCACCAGAGAGUGUAGAUGAGAAGAAGAAGCAAAAAAUUAGGAUUUUGUCUCGGAAAUUGGAGUUAGAGCAAGAGCUUAAAAGAGAAAAACAAUUACGGAGGAAAAAUGAAAUUAUACUCAACCAGAUUAAGGAAAGUCUCCUGAAGGCAGGAGAAAGCAUUAAAAAGCAAUAAGACAAAUUAAGUAUUUAAAAGUUUGAUCAACAGUUUAAAAUAUU